CUCUCUCUCUAUCCGUUUGUAAUGGAACAGCUUGUGUGAUGGCCUUAAGUUCCGUAAACGCAACGCGAGAGGAUUUGUGAUAUUGUUCUCUGCGAGUCUACGAACUUUACGACGUAGCAUUUCGUACGAUGGCAUCUUCUAAGAAAAAACAAGACGAGAAAAAUUUAAAGAUAUUACGCGAACUGGUUUCGCUUCCGGGAAACAAAGAAUGUUUCGACUGCCAUCAACGAGGACCAACUUACGUCAACAUGACAAUCGGUUCCUUCGUCUGUACAUCUUGCUCUGGUAUGCUACGAGGUUUGACACCACCGCAUAGGGUAAAAUCAAUUACCAUGGCAACAUUUACUCAAGAGGAAAUAGAUUUUAUAAAAGAACGUGGUAACGAAUGUUGUGCAAGAAUAUGGUUAGGUUUAAUGAACUCAAAUUCACCAUUAAAUUCAGAUAUUAAAGAUGAACAAAAAAUGAAAGAUCUAAUGAACGCAAAAUACGAAUUAAAGAGGUAUUAUUUAGAUCCGUCCGUAGCAAAUCAAAAUUCUACUCAACAAUCCCAGUCUAUGAAACAAACCAGCAUUCCACGGGUUCCUCUUUCUGGGACAUCUACUACAUUGCCGGUAGUGGCACAGAAAAUCAAGAAUUCAGAGCCAGCUAGUACCAAUAAUUUUACAUCAGACUUUGUAGCUGAUUUUAGUAAUGUUCCUGAACCUUUUCAUACCACAGUGCCUGUCAAUAGGCUGAAUCAAUCGGUUACACCUCAGCCAUUUUUUGCUAAUUUUGACAAUAAUCCUGUUUUCAAUACUCCUAAAAAUACAGAUAUGUCAACUACACUUAACAUGAGUGGAGGAAAUUUGCUAACGGCAAAUAUGAAUGGAACUAAAGUGCCUCCAUCAGAAGAUCGUUAUGCGGCACUCAAAGACUUAGAUUUUUUGAUGAAACAAACACAACAGAAAGAAGAAACAACAAAAAUAUUAACAUCAACAUGGAAUGCUAACAAUUUCAAUACAACAAAUUCUAUAUGGAAUGCAGAUAAUCAAACAACACAUGUAAUUUCAAAUCCAUUUACGAGUACUGAUGUGUGGCGACCAUCUGUUAAUGUGAUAAAUAAUAAUAUGCAGCCAGAGAACUCUUUGUGUAAUCCAAUUAAUCCAUUCAAACAAGUGCAAUUUCCUGUAAAUAAUGAUUCACAAUGGAUGGGUAUAGAUUCAGCUAAUAACAGAGAUACUGUUCAAUUUAGUCAGUUAACACCACCACUAACGAAUAGAGUUUGGCAACCAACUGUUCCAGCAUAUCACGCGAAUCCGUUUAUGGUGGGCACAGGUGUAAGCACUAUGACAAGAAAUUCUAAAAAUCCUUUCUUAUGAUUAUGCGAACAUAAAUUUUUAAUAGAGCUACGAACAAAUAAUGCAAAGUACUAAAAUAUUGAAACAAAAACUUUAGAUUAGGAAGAUUGUUUAUAUGUGACCUUAUUGACUAUUAGCGUUACUAGCUUUUAUUCUUAGGAGCACCAAUCUCUUAUUUGUAUAACUAAAGUAAUACUUUUAUUUAUGUGACUAUAAUGUACAUGUUUAAUAAAGAUAAGCUUUGUUACUAAA